AUGGCAAAUAGCAUGACUAGCGAGUUUGAUCGUGGAUGCCCUGGUCUUGACUACCUUGGGGUUGGCUACGAUUCAAUUUACGCCAAUUCUGUUGGGAGUGAUUCGACGCUGUUAGACCCUGGAUACAGGGCGCCAAUAAUAGAAUUUGCCUGGAGAAAAAACUCCGAAGGAUACUCUCCUACUUUAGGAUCGUUGCACCCAGUCGGCGGGUGGGUCAGACCUGUGUUUUCAUGUAGUAGAUCAACCAAAAUAAAUGAAAUAAGCAAUUUGGAAGAACUUAAGGAUUCUUUAUCAGCAAGUACCAAAUUGAAUGGAGAUAUUCCCGAAAAUUCAUUUACUGGUUCCCUAGAGUACAAAAACGCUUUAAUGAACUUCAAAUCAAAACGACAGAAGAUAUACAAUAAAACUGAACAGUGCGUUAGAUAUCAAGUUGGAAUUCCUUUAAAUUUAAAGUGGGGAUAUACUGAGUACUUUAACCGCACACUUUCCAGACUACCAAUCUUAAGUUCUAAAGUAAUAAAAAAUUGUAACAUUGAUAACAAAUUGAAUUUAUCUGAUGAAGAAUGUAAGUCUAUUAAGCCCUGGAUUAAAUUCUUUGAGGUGUUUGGGACUCAUUUUAAUAAUCAACUUACUCUGGGUGGUAAGAUAAACCAAACUAUGGUAUUUGAUUCAUCAACUUUAGAAGAACUCAAGAAGAAAGGAAUAGAUAUAGAAGCUGAAGUUAGAACUGAAUUAGGCUCAGGCAAUGUUAAGUUGAAUCUAGACAUGGGUGGCAAGAAAUCUAGGCUUGAUGAAAUUGGCCAGAAAAAAAUGUCGGUGUUGGGUGGUAAAAUGCCUAAUUUCCCAAUGGAUGACAAUGAAUUUGCGCACUGGGCAGAAACUGUAGCUGAAAAUCCAAUGCCAAUUGGAGUUGUUUCGACUAGUUUAAAAACAUUGAUGCAUCCGGCUAUGCACCAAUCCUAUGAUCAGGCCCUACAUCAAUAUGCUAUACUGAACGGUAUAAGCUACGAAAAAUUAAAGAUGAUAAGUGGCAAUUCAAUUGAACUUUCUAAGGAGAUUGAAAAUGGGACUACUAUUGUUUCAUGGAACCGUGAUAAUAAAAUCAAAUGCCCUAGAGGGUCAAAAGUCCUCAUGGGCAUUUCUCUUAUAUUCGGAAAUGAAAAGUUACUAGGCGUCAGCUACUGCAAAUCUAAAAUGAAAGAGUGCAUAAUUCCAACCUAUGAAAAUGUAGAGCAUUCAUUUCACUGGAUAACAUGUUCUUAUGGGUUACAACCUGGAGUGGAGCAAAUAUUGAAGAUGUCCAACGCGGAUGAUAAAAACACUGAAAUAGAAUGCCCAAAUUAUUCACUGAUACAAAUUGGGCUAGUGAUUGUUACAGUUGACGGGAUAAUUACAUCAAUAAGGGAAUGUGAAUAUGGAAAUAAAUCUUGCAAAUAUGAUCUUAAUGAUAAUGAAACUUCUUACAUUUGGGCCUUGUGUUAUUCACAACUGGAUAAUAUUAACAAGCUUCAACUGAAAGUUUUAGUUUCCAACAACUACGCUGAUGACAAAGUUUCUUGCUCUGAUGGUUACAAAAUCAUUACUGGUAGUUUAGUUACAUUAUUGAGUUAUCAGGACAUGUUGCAAACUUUCCCGAAAAAGACACUUUAAAUUUGGACGACAUACAAUUUUGCCAGAAACACACUCAAAGUUGUUCUGCUAAAUCGAAUAAAAAGAGCAUGAUCUUUG